GAUGCAGGUAAAUUGCGGAUGGAGGCGGAGGAUCAAAUUUCAGGACCCCGUUGUUGAUAAACAAACAAGGACAAGCUUUUCACAAUAGGCUUGACGCCGCCAUCCCUGUUGAAAGAGGUUCGUGCUAGCACUGAACUUCUUCCUGACUUCUGUAUUCAAAACAUCAAAGCCGUGACCGGUGACAAUACAUUGUUCUAUUGAACAGCCAAAGUCCAGGAAGUACUGCAUUGAACAACCUGUAAAGCCUUGCAUGCACAAAUGGUUGGCCGUGCAUCUAUCACCAUCCCCGUCGCUCAAGAGAUAUUCCGAUUCUCUCAGACCAACAAGGCCGAGGCAGGCCCCUUGGACAAGUGGGCCCCGACCCAAUCAAGCAAUGCGCUCGCAGCUCAGUACGGGAUAACAGCCAAGGCAGUGAGGGACAUCUGGAACAAGCGGACGUGGGUGCAUGCGACGCACACGCUAUGGACGGAGGAGGAGAAGAAUGAGUAUUCAAGACGAAGGAAACUCUGUGAUAUGUGUAAACUCGCAGUGGCGGGUAAGGGAAGAAUGUUACAGAGUUGUGCAUGCAGACGACUUGAAAGCUCAGACAGGAUGAAACGGGGUGGAAGUUUUGGAGAAGCUGGGACACCUGAAGAACCACAUGAGGCAUGUUCACAGGUUUUAUUCGAGAGCGAUGAUUCGGACAAUUUUAUGGAUGCAAUACAUGGAGAAAUACCUCACGAAGAUUUUCCGUGCAAUAUGGCGCUUGAAACUGAUUCAUCCGGGUUCCUUCAGUCAGCAUCUUCCGG